CGGUAGAUCACUUCACCACCCGGAAGUUUGGAAAGUCAAUAUGUCAGGCACUGCAGUGGCUGGUCCCACCUGCUUCAAAGGUUUACAUUAAGGACAUCUACCGGCUCCUUGUUGGAGAUUGUUUCUGCGAGUUCCGGUAUAUGUCUAGCAUGUUGAGUAACCUGAAGCAUUUCAAUCCUUCUUAUGAGAAUGAUCAUGAAUGUCCUGCAUGUCCUAAGGAGAAGGGAAGUUUAUUUAUCUCUGUUGAUGCAUUGUUUGGAUGUGUCCGCAAAUGCAGUGCUGGAACUAGUGGAAAGUCCUCAAAUCAUGGAGAGGAACUGUUCAUUAGCCAAGAAAAAGUAGAUACAUUUCUAGCUAAUUACAGCAAAAGACCAAGCAGUAAGUCAAUGGAGCAGUGUAAUCAGUUUCAAGCUGGUUCCAAUCUCCGUUCCAAAAACAAAUCCACAAAGCUCGAUGAGACAGCCCUCUUUGGUGGAGGCUGCAAGCACGAAGUGCCACUGAAGUUUUUCAGCUUAAAGAGAGGAGAAGAAAUACGCACCAGGAAACAUUGCUUGAAAAUGUUACUCUUGCGAUACCUGCAUUUCACUGCUAUGGACACAAAGUUUCUUGUCAGGUCAACUACAGUGGAAGACGGCUGGAAGGGUUCGGGAUGAGUGAUGGCGAGGUGAUGGAGAGACUGUGGUCUUACUUGAGGCCAACAGCAAAAAUAACGAAGGAAAUGACUCCAGCCCACCGAGUUGAUACAUUAACUGACUUCUUGAUGCAUUACGCUAAAAAGUCAAUUUCGAACCU